AUCCAGAAGAAGACGAUGAACGCCGACUACAAUGCGAACAUUCAGGAGCUCGUGAAGACGAUCACGGACCACCCGGCGUUCGCCAACAUCCAAUCUUUGGACCCCUUGCCCAUCAACCGCGAGGUGCCGGACGGGGGCGGGGUUGGUUUUCAGGUCGCCUUUGACCAGGCCUUGUGCGACGCCGCGAUGGCCACUGCGAAGCAGUACCAGUGCGGCGCCAACAUCUUCUGGGCCGACUGCUUGAAUGUAGCUGCAAAGGGGGUCCCCUGCCGGCAUCGGACGACCGAGGCCCUGGCGGAGUUCCUCUACCCGGAUGGCGAGGCCCCCGGGUACUACGAGGGGAUCAUAAUUGUGAACGUCUCUGGCGGCAAGGUGGACAAGAAAGACCUGGGCACCUACGGCUUGAUCUCCCCAGAGGAGGCUGUCCACGCGGCCUACUGGGCGUGCGCCAGAGACAUCCGCGCCGGAAAGUCCGACGAUGUCCUCGCCGCCUGGAAGACAUUGUUCCUGACAGUGACCAUGAAGUUCACCGCCUACGAUGAUGAUUUAAUUUUUUUCAAGGCCAAGACGCUCAGGAACACGAUCGUCCAGGAGCACGAUUCAUUGGCCAGGACAGCGUUCCAGGAGGUGUGCGAGAUCGCCAACCUGAAGGCGCAGCUGGAGCAAUCCAAUGGCAGGGAAAUCAGCGCUGGCGAACUCGUGGAGUUGUACAAUACGAAGUCGAAGCUUGCUGAUAGCCAGGAGGAGAUUACAUUUUCUUUCGUGGACUCCGCGCUCACCGUCUGGAGCAGGGCGCUCAGCAUUCCGAGCGUCUUGCACGCAGUUCGCCAGCUGGACGAGUCCCAUUCUCACCGGUCGCUCUUCGAUUCGAUCACCAAGCUCCAGACCAUCAUCUCCAAGGCCAAGACCGAGGAGAACAUCGAGUACGUGUUCUUAGCCCUGGCUGACGCCUUCAUCCACAAAAUGAUCGUCACCCUCCCCCUGCGCGAGCUGCAGGGCUAUGGGGCCGGGCAGAUGGGCAAGGGCGUCAUCGACGAGGUGCUGUUCAAGAGGGACGUGAAGCAGUGGAUGCGCCAGGAGUGGCUCACGAGGCUGAAGGCCAUCACCAACGCCGAGAAGGACAUCAUCCGCGACGUGACGCGUGACUUCGCCACGUUGCGCGAGAAGUGCGGGUGCCGGUCCAUGGACAAUUCUCACGUCGAUAUCACUUGGCAGGCCGAGCUCGGCAAGCCCGCCCUCGCGGCGCUGGAGCUCUUCGAGGACCGCCGACGACGGCGGCGACAAUGA